UACUGGUGGGGGCUCCCCGGGCCAGAGGACUGGGCCUCAUGCGGAGACAGCGUCCUGGCGCCCUGUACCGCUGUCCGAUCGAAAGGCGAGGAGUUUGACUGCGAGCGAGUGGACAUCGAUGGAGAUGUAAACCUUGAGAGCGAGAGCAAGGACAACCAGUGGCUAGGAGUAACAGUCAAGAGCCAGGGGAUUGGAGGAAAGGUGGUGGUAAGUAAAAGGAAAACUCCUGGUACUAAGCAUGUCUGUAGUAGUCUGGGCCCUGGUCCCAGAUCAGUUUCUGCUCCUAGGGUUAUUGUCAUUGUGCCAUAGGAGUUGGCAAGACCGCACAAACAUAUCUGGGACCAGGCUGUGUCUGUACUGUAAUAAGUAGACCAGGCUAUGUCUGUACUGUAAUAAGUAGACCAGGCUAUGUCUGUACUGUAGUAAGUAGACCAGGCUAUGUCUGUACUGUAAUAAGUAGACCAGGCUAUGUCUAUACUGUAAUAAGUAGACCAGGCUAUGUCUGUACUGUAGUAAGUAGACCAGGCUAUGUCUGUACUGUAAUAAGUAGACCAGGCUAUGUCUGUACUGUAGUUAGUAGACCAGGCUAUGUCUGUACUGUAAUAAGUAGACCAGGCUAUGUCUGUACUGUAAUAAGUAGACCAGGCUAUGUCUGUACUGUAGUAAGUAGACCAGGGCCCAAUGCUGAGAUUGUACUACUACUGGUUCUGCCUCUCUCCAGACCAGGCUAUGUAUGUAGUGGACCGUCUCUUCCAGUUACUUACGGUAGCCAGCUUCUCUAGACGUGCUCACAAACAGAUCUGAGAUCAAACUUUGUCUGUAGUAUAUACGAGACCAUUUCUUCCAGUUACUGAUAUGGUGCUAUCCCCCUGCCCCUCUCCAGACCUGUGCCCACCUGUAUGAGCUUCGUCACCGUGUGGGCCUGCCGUCGGAGACGCGGGACCCCAUCGGGCGUUGCUACGUCCUGAGUGAGGACCUGACAGAAAGGGACGACCUGGAUGGAGGGGAGUGGAAGUUCUGUGAGGGGCGACCCCAGGGACACGAACAGUUUGGCUUCUGUCAGCAGGGCAUGUCUGCUGCCUUCACACCUGACAACCAAUAUAUCAUGUUCGGAGCUCCAGGAACGUACAACUGGAAAGGUACGGUGACAUACUUUUUUUUUUAUCUCAAUGAGACAAACCUGUAUAAAUGAAGGUUAAAUAGUUGAGACUGACACCUGAGGUGAUUAAAAUGAGAGUUCACAAAAAAUCUAAGCUUGUUGUCAGAUGUGUUUUAGACCUCAAAUGUGGUCUAAUCAAAGAAAGAGGAAACUGCCUCACUAAAUGGAUUAAGCAGCAUAAUUGUAACAUUAGCUAGCUGAGCUCAUGCCCAGAGACACAUGUCAAACAGCAGAUCGUUAUAAAAACUACCCAAAAGUCAUAAUUCAGUUUUCAUAAAAUUGCAUUUCCAUCCUUGGGCAAAUCAUUGAUUUAUAAGCUAAUCAAUAUACUGAUUGGCCUUAGUAGUCAUACUGAUGGAUCAAAAUGAUUGAUUCCCAGCUGUUAGUUAUUGGGACUGAUUGAUGGAACUGCCAUAGUCAGACAUCAGUGAUCAAUAUGAAUUAUGGAUCACUGUAUCAUAUGUUAUACAGGCCUUAGGUGGAGUAACAAUUAACAUCAUAUGGUACUUGACAUUAACAUUGUGUAACCCCAUUGAUUACAUUGUCCUGUGGAUAUCUAUGUGUUUAAAAAAAGGUGUGUGUGGGAGUUGUCGCACUCUCUCUCUCUGUGUGUGUGUGUGUGUGUGUGUGUGGGUGCUUGUCUGUGCGUGUGCGUGCUUGUCUGUGUACGCAUGUCUUUCUGUGUGUCUGUGUGUAUGUCUGUCUGUGUUUGUGAGUCUUUCUGUGUCUGUCUGUGUCUGUCUGUCUGUAUGGUCUGUCUGUCUGUCUGUCUGUCUGUGGUCUGUCUUGUCUGUGUCUGUGUCUGUGUUUUCUGUGUCUGUGUCUGUGUCUGUGUCUGUGUCUGGUCUGUUGUGUCUGUGUCUGUGUCUGUGUCUGUGUUUCUGUCUGUCUGUGUCUGACUGUCUGUCGGUGUCUGUUGUCUGUCUGUGCUGUCUGUCUGUAUGUCUGUCUGUCUCUGUCUGUCGGUCUGUCGUCUGUCUGUCUGUCUGUCCUGUCGUCUGUCUGUUGUCUGUUCUGUCUGUCUGUCUGUCUGUCUGUCUGUCUGUCUGUCUGUCUGUCUGUCUGUUCUGUCUUUGUCUGCCUGCCUGCCUGGUCUGUCUGUCUGUCUGUGUCCUCUAACUCUGUUCCUUCCAGGAGAGAUGCGUGUCCAGCUGCUAAACCAGACUCUGUUGGAUCUUGGUUUCUAUGACGACGGGCCUUAUGAGGUGGCGGAUGAGAAACAGCUGAACGCUCAGCUGAUCCCAGUUCCCUCACAUAGUUACCUGGGUAGGACCGUCCCUGCCCUCGGCUGCUCCUCUCACACAGCCACCAGCCUGCUGCCCUGUCCCUCCGGAGAUCACUGAGCACAGGACAGGACAGGAGAGAGGGCCAGGGAAGGACAACAACAACAACAGACUGACGACACACUGUACCCAAAAUAAAUACCCCCAGACCUAGAGGACUCAGGGUAGCUGCCAACGUGGCUGUAGAAAGGCAGACAAGCCUGGAUUAAACCGGUCCAGACUGGUGUAGUGCAGACCAAGAGGGAAGUCCUGGGGAUGCGUCCCAAAUGGCGCCCUAUACCUUUAUAUAGUGGACUGCUUAUGAGUGGACUAGGCAGAGAAUAGGGUGUCAUUUCAGACCCUUGGUUUCUCUGCAGUCCGUAGGGGCCAUCCCUGACCCUGCUUUGUGUAAGAGGGAGUGUGACUCACCAGAGCUGAAUCCAAGACAGCUCCACUCCACCUCAAUGUUCUGAAUGCUUUCCCACACCAAGUAGCUACCGUAUGAAUGGACCAAUCAUGGGUCAGAAAUAUGACAAUAUAAUAACACUUAAGAGGAUAGGAAUAUUAUUAUCCCACAGUCAUCAGGGCUUGUUAUAGACUGGUCGCAGAUCAGCUUGUACUUUAGCGAACUACUCUGUUGUCAUGCCAAUGCCAUGUGUGAGAAGUUGGCUAAAAAUCACAAACAGAUCUAAUUUUGGGUCCAGUGUGAGUCAGUCUUGUCGUCCUUCUGUUGGGUACCAGUGGUUUACCCACAAACCACUGCGAUACCAGGAAGAAGAACACACACAAUCACAGCACUGUUCUUUCUCACCUGCACUCACGCAACCCCCCCCCCCCCUCUUUCUCCUUCUCUCUCUCUCUCCUCUCUCUCUCUCUCUCUCCUCUCCUCUCUCUCUCCUCUCUCUCUCUCUCUCUCUCUCACACCUCUUCCUCACCCCCCCCCACACUUCCUCUCUCUCUCUUUCUCUCUCGGGCCACAGGGCUCUUGUUCAUGGCUAGUCCUGAUGAAGAUGCCCUGGUGUAUAAAACUCUGGAGCCCCACUCCAGCCGGCCCGUGUUUGAGGACGUAGCCCAGAAUAGCUACUUA